CAGGGCAUAAAGUCCCAGGAUGUUAAGUUAUCACAGCCUAUGGUUCCCCAAAUCAUAUCACCCCUGGAUACCCAAGGCAUGAUGCCCCUGGAUGUAAGAGAGACCGAUCUUCUGAAUGCUGAGAAAAAGAGACCCGAAAAUGUUCAGGGCAUGAGACCUCUUGAUACUCAGGGCUCAAAACACAUAAAUGCUCAAUCUUCAAAGCCCCUGGAUAUGCAGGGCAGCUGGCCCCUGGAUGCUCAGGCCUCAAAGUCCCUGGAUUAUAAGGGUAUGCGGCUCUGCAUGCUCAUGACGUGUUUAAAGACAGCUAGGGCCUCAAACAUUACCAUUACUGAGUUUGAAGAUGAUGAACAAGGUGACAAGAUGUGGCAUGGACUUGUUGGAAGAACAACGAUCAGACAAGCUUUGUGUCACAAGAACAAUCAGGUUCGUCUAGAUACGUUUGCUUUGAUUUGCGAUACAAAGAAAACUGCAGAAGUCUUGACUGAUUGCGAUUUUGAUCUGAUUAAAUUCUUUCUACCGUACAACCUGAGCAGCCACUUACCAUCCUUUAGGCAGCAGUUGAUGAUGUUAAUAAAAAAGCUUCUAAUAAGGCUACAAGACAGCGGCAGACUCCAUUACAAGAACUCUAAGACAACAAACUGCCCCAGCCAAUCAGAGUCAGCUAACAGGAUACAUGAAUAUAAGGGCUUUCUGGAUUGGUUUGUUGAGCUGCUGUUUUCAGGAUUACAGUCUGGUUCCUGUUACUCAACCAGGGUUUCAUCACUCUCGGCUCUGUCAAUUUUGAGCAAAUUUCAGUCUGGAUGUAGUUGGUAUGAUGACAGUACUAUAUUCAGUCCCAAAAAUGUUAAGCUUCUUCUAAGAUGUUUUACUGACCCUUAUGAAAGUAAUAAGGUCAUGGCCUUUAACCUCUUGGUUCCACUUACUCAAGAACAGCUUGGAAUGCAGGACCUUGGACGGCUGAAUACCCUAUAUAAAGUUGCCAUUGAGCUUGGAUGCAGCACACGUCCGCACAAUUGCGAGACUGCUUCGUUCAUGCUACGGUUCCUCAGCAGACAGCUUGAACCUGCUAUUAAGCAUAGCUCCAGUUACCAUGACAAUCUACAAGGCAUUGUGGGAGAUAUGCUUGAUUCCUUAUCAGAGCAAGUGGAGGUUGCGAACAGAAGCUUGAUAGAAGCGGCAGGGACAAGACCAAUGUACGGUGUUCUGCAUUGUGUACGAGAGCUAAUAGAAGACGUGAAUUUUCAUGAGCUUACUGUAUCAGUGACUGCCAAGUACAAGCAGCUUAUUGAUAAAUUGUUGUUGAUGUGUUACCAAGUGGCUAAGGUUGUUUCUCCUGUAGUGUGCAAUUCAUCACCAGAGGGAUAUCAUCCAGCCAAUCAGGAGCGAGAUGGUUCAGAUGUUCCACAGAUUGAUGAUGUUGCAGCAGUUGAACCGACCUAUGGGUCAAAGGUGUUAAAUGUGACUCCGCAAGCACUAUUGGUCUGUUGUUGGCGUAGCAUGAAAGAGGUGUCGCUGACGUUAGGCAAGAUAUCGCAACAGCACGAAAAAGGCCAGACACUUUUGAGUCAACAACAAGUGAAUGAAAUGGGGGAGUUUUUCAUUAAGCUUUUGUUGGAGUCAAAACACAGAGGAGCAUUUGAACUUGCGUCAGUUGGAUUUAACCAACUUUGUGUUGUUCUGUGGAGGAGUACUGUUGCUCCAUUACAGUCUUUACCGAAGAAAUGGUUGAAAGAUUUGCUGAAUGACAUCUGUGCUGGCGGAGACUUACUUUGUGCCACAAGACGCAGUGCUGGUGUGCCAUUCACUAUCCAGGCCCUGGUCACGUCUGAACCCAGCUCAUUACGAAGGCAAAGUCUACAGGAAGCUAUGGCCAUACUGCUACCACUAGUAUUCCCAGCAGAGCAGAAUGGUAAAGAAAUUACCCCACAAGUACAUGCAUUGAACAUUAUGUGUGCAUUGUUUAGAGACACAAGGCUUGGGGAGGAUGUGUAUUCGUUCAUUGCAGAUGGAAUGAGAGCUGCAAUAUUGGGUUUCAAAUCACGAUUAUGGAUAGUUCGUAAUUCCAGCACCUUGUUGUUUACAGCACUUGUGAAUCGCAUUUUUGGUGUGCGUAGAGAGACAGAAGAAUUAGCUCGCAAAAAUUGCAUGACAGGACGAGAGUUCUUUACUCGCUUUCCGAGUCUCCAUGGAUUCCUACUGGAAGAGUUAACUGCUUGCAUUGGAUCCCAAACCGGCAUGGACGCAGGAUACCUUCAGCCAAGCGUGUUUCCCAUCUUGCUCCUCCUAUCAAGAUUGUACCCAUCACCUACUGAUGGAGCAGACUCUAGUUUAAGUCUUGCACCCUUCAUUUCUAUGGUCCAGAGAUGUGGUUCAAGUGCUAUUUACAAGACACGAACGAUAGCAGCAAGAUCUCUAGCUUCUUUGAUUCCAUCUGGUGAGGUCUUGAAGAUGGUGGAGUUUCUCAUCAACUCCCUACCAAAAUGGCAGACACAGAAGCAUCACCAAAAUGAGAUCCAUGGAGUACUUUUGCAGGUACAUAUGCUCCUACAGAACCAUCUGAAGGGAAGUCAGCAGUCGUUUGUUGCCCGGCAACACAGUCUGCUUCAACAGGCUGUUGCAUCAUUCAAGAACUGCAUGUGGUUAGCCACCAGUUCAAAUCAAUGCGCUGUUACACGAGCAGAGUUCUUAAACAUCCUCAACACAUUUGUGAUGGAUUCAUCGUGGCUGCAAACACACUUCCCUGGACUAGUUCAUCAGGCUGACCUUAAAGAAUUGCAGGAGGAUGUUGUCAGAGCAGCUUCUCAUGAUGGCUCUCCUCCUCCUGAUGUGGUAUCAUUGGAUCAUGUGGCAUUAAUGCAAGCAAUCACAAACACCCACGUUUAUAGCUGUAAAUCAAAUUUUACCACAGAAUUUAGAAAACAUUUAUAUGAAAAGGAUAUUCAAGUAGAUCCACCUGAAAGCGAUAAACUGUUGUCAGACAGUAAAACUAUCUGUUGCACCUUGAAUGGCAGCUCUUGUGCAGGAACAGUGAUUCAACAUUUGUCCUCUAAUCUCUACGAAGUCAGAGUCCUUGUGUUGGAACAUAUCCUUGUAGAAUUAAAGCAUGAUUCACACUGGGGACAUGAAAGGACAUGCUUCCAGAAUGUCUGCAAGAGUAAGGACAUAUUCAAGCAGCUAGGCUUUAUGUUAGCUUCAGAAACACAUCAUGAUUGUAAAGUCAAGUUACUAGAAGUGCUUAGUCGUCAUCCGGUGGCACAUUGUUUCCCAUGGAGUCUUGGUGAUGGUCGUCAGCUAACAUGCACGCAAGCCGGGGAUUUCAUUCUGAGCUUAAUUGGUGGGGACAGUGUAAGAGAUGAUCUGGUUGGUGGCGUCCUUGCUCUCUCAAGUGUUUUGAUUCCAUUUGUAUAUGAAUCAAUGACAGAGGAUGUGGAAGCUCAACCUGGAAGAGAUUUUAUCAAAUAUGUUAUUGAGCUGAUGGACAAGAACAGUUAUGCAGAACAUACAACUCAGUUGAGACUCAGUAUAGUGCAGACACUCAACAAAACUGCCCUCUAUGUCCUCAUUGAUCAUAAAAAUCAUCUGGGUGAAGUGUCAGUGACCGCUUGGAGUGUUGUGUUGCGAUUACUGCAGGAUAGUGACUCUGAUAUUAGGUCAUCAAUGACAAAUUGUGUCCGUACUCUUGCAGAACACACGCCUUCUAUACUUUCCGAUAGUCAGUUUUAUUGGGACGUGCAUGCACGCUUGGGCCUCCAGCUAGCUGUCGAUAUGAUGAUUGACAUACAUCACUCAAAGAAUACAUGUUCCUUGUACAAGAUGAUCUUCAGCUAUGUGAUGGGAGAACCAGAAGACUUCAUUCUUGAAGAGGUUGAAGAUGAUAAACUUUUUGACAGAGGAGAAGCCAACACAAACCAUGAAGAAGUCGCGUUAUUAAAGAUCUUGCUGAAAAGUUUUACAAACCAUGCUGAUCUACACACACAUGUGAAAUCUAAGCUAGAUAGCGCCCUCUAUCACAGUUGCCAGGGGAUCGUAAAGCUGUUGGUACCCCUCUUGGAAUCACUCGACGACAUUCCACUAGUUCGACACAAAUGUCAAUAACAGGCAGUCGAAGUAGCAAUCUAUUCUUCAAUUCGGACUCAGGAAUCUUUAAUAAUAAAGAAAACCAUUACUCGUCUACUGUGAUUAUGAGCAAGAAUCUGCCCAGGGAUCGUGCACUAAGCGAGAGCGCAAAUCUGCAACAACAACCACGCAAUCACCAAGUUCAACCGAACUCGAAUGUGAAUCGCUUUAAAACCGAGAUUUGUCGUCCGUACGAAGAAACGGGGAGUUGUAAAUACGGUGAUAAAUGCCAAUUCACUCAUCUUCCUCGCAGUAUUCAACAACAACCACAACAACAGCCUACCAACUCGAGCCGAUACAAAACAGAACUUUGUCGACCUUUUGAAGAAAACGGUUCCUGUAAGUACGGAGAUAAAUGCCAGUUCGCCCAUGGAUUUCACGAAUUACGAAACUUACAAAGACACCCCAAGUACAAGACCGAACUCUGUCGCACAUUCCAUACUGUAGGAUUUUGUCCUUACGGACCGCGGUGCCAUUUUAUUCACAACCCAGAAGAGAAACGUUCGUCUGGACCUCCACCAACAAACAAGGCGAUUGACCGAGCGAUUGAGCGACCAAAGUCGUUGCAUCUUAACUCCGGAGCAUUAGGAUCGACGGGUGACUUGACACCUCCACAUAGUUUAAACGAUAGUCCAAAUCCAAUGUCGCCAGAAACGCCACUAUUUACUGAAGAUGUACUAUUGGCAGCUUUGAAUCACGUGAACUCAAAUGGAGGAGCAUUUAAUUUAGUUUCAGAUUUGAACACAAUUAUGUCGCCCAACAUGCCUCUGUCACCUCAGGUUCCACAGAGCCCAUUUAUGUACAAUCUUAAUUCCCCAUUUGCCGCAUUUACACAACAGCUUACAAUCAGUAGCGACAUCCCAGAACCCCCUGGAUUCUCAAGACACGAUAGCUCCAGCGUGUUUUUCCCCGCCGACGAGCCCAACAACAUAGGUAGUUACAGACCACCUUCUCCGCCAGAUUCUCUGUCAGACCCAGAGAGUUUGUGUGGCGAUUCCGUGACUGCAGGUUCUCCAGUAUUCACUCCUAACUCUGCCUGCAGCCCUGGUGCCACCGGACGUCUUCCCAUAUUUCGAGGCAUUUCAGUCGAUGCCGCUAGUGACCAAAUUUACAGAACGGUUCUUAGUACCGAAUAAACUCAAGGAGAUGACCUUGCUAAAAACAUGAACUACAAAACAAUUUUUUUACGAAAUAAUCUUGUUUAUCUUUGUAAUCAUAUAAAUAGCUGAAGAUAAUAUUUUAUUGUUAUUAAUAAUGUAAAUGGUAUUAAUGUUCUUGUUACGGAAGACUUUGCUCUCCAGAGGGCGUUUCUGUGCUCGUCCCAUAUUUUCCAGAAGUAAUAAUUAUUAAAACUAUUUAUUAAGUUACGGGAUGAAGAUGUUAGUUGAGGCUGUAUUGUACGUACAAACAAGUAUCUAUUUAUGUUUAUUGUAAGAUGUGUAAUUUGUUAUAUUAUUGGUGUUGCUGUGGUUUUAACACUUGGUAUUGUCUUUUCAAAACUAAUUAGUAAAAAUUGUGUCCAAUAGUUUUCAUUGUUUUGCGAAGACAUUGAUUAAAAUGCAGAGCAUUUUAAUCGAGUAUUAAUAUACGAUAUAGAGAUUUCCCAUUGUUCAAGAAGAUAGUAUAUUUAAGUUAUCCGUGUUAUUUAUUUCUCAAGAAAAUGCAUUUGUUGAGUAAAACUUUUGUCAUUUGUUUUUGAAUAUUUAUCAAUAUUAAAAUCAGAAUCAGAAACUCAUUGUCAGAAUGCGAUAAUAAUAUUAAUAAUAAUAUUAAUAAUAAUAUGUAUUGUAAUUUGUUAUAACUUGUGCUCUAUUUAGUACACUAUAUAGUUUUUGAUUAUUUAGUAUGAUAUUUAAACAAAUAUAUCCACCGCAUUCUCUUUCCGAAAAUUAAAUUUAAGUUAUUCAUGUAAAUCGUGUGUAAAUAUAGAUUGGUGGCUUCAAGUUUGUGUUAUAAAGUAACCGCUUCCCAUUAACUACUCUGCUACUGGUUACUUCUGUUAUUUUAUUGAUGUGUGUGUUUGGAUAAACGACAAAAAUAUGUAUAAAUGUACAUAAAAUUACGUAAAACAGCUGUAAUGUAAAGUUGUUAUCGAUGAUAAUGUUCAAAUAUCAGUCAAGUGCAAGCAAAGAAAUUUUUAAAUAUUUGCGUUAAUUAAAUUAUUUUGUACACUUUUAUUUUAUUUACUUAAUCGUGUGGUAACUAGUUGUACGCGUAUGCGUGCUACGCACGAACUUAGCAACUCUACUUAAUAAAUUAAUAAUAAACGGUACGGGGAAUUUGGAACCGUCGAAACGGGUAGUGUUAACGAGAUAGGACGUUGUCUCCAAGCCUCGUUAAAAAAAGCUUCCUAAUCUAUGCAGGUUUUAAAGUACUGUACUUGAUGUUUAGUGCCUUUAUAUAUACAAACAUUUAAAUUAUAUUCAUUUACACAAAGUGUGGACGUUAUCAGAAAGAAUUAAACUGAAGCAUUUUUGACAAAUAUCGGUAUUUAGUAUUUUUAAAGACAAAUGUUACGAUAUUAUUAACAUUACUCGAAUUAAUGACAAUUUAUCUUGUAGUUGGUUCCAGUUUUAAAACUAUGCAAACUUAUUACUUAGCAGCUUAGCCUGCCAAUGUUCUCAAUAUUGAAUGAAAUAUCUGAAUUUGUGUACGUUGAAUAUAUAUUUUGAAACCAACCAAAAGAUUGCGUUAACAGUUCUUAUCGUCUAGUUGUCGACUUUAGAUCCACUCUAUUUGCGUGUGGGUCGUUUUUUAUGUGCAAAUUAAUAAUCUUUCGUACGUCGAAAGAUCACUUUCUUAUGUGUUCAAUAAAUUAAAUAAAACCGUUAAAAAACCAAACUUCGUAUACGAAGAUAUUAGUAUUUUAGUAACGACAAUUUGGUUUGUCAUUUAUAUGUAUUCAUACUAGGCAUGAGAUAAUAUGAGAGAUGGUGCAUUUGAGUGAGUUAAGGUUUCAAAGAGUACGUGGAAAAAUAAAGAGUUCGCCAAAGCAAAUAUAAAACAUUGAA